AUGUCCAGAACCGCGACCCCUGUACUGCCGGUCCAUAAUGCAAACUUGAGUGCGGACGAACCUCCAUUUCCUCGAAGAGCCAAUACGGCCUCGACCAUAACAGCUGGAUACUCCCUACUCACGCCAGAGGAGACUGCCGAGAAGUUGAACACUUCCCUGAGCACAGGACUCUCGCCGAACGAAGCGCAAUCGAGGUUGAUUAAGAAUGGUGCAAACGAGCUGCCACACGAGGAGGAGGAGCCUCUUUGGCUGCGAUUCCUCAAGCAGUUCAAGGAGACCCUGAUUCUACUGUUACUGGCCUCUGCCCUCAUAUCCUUCUUCAUUGGUAAUACUGAUGAUUCGGUCAGCAUCACUCUAGCUGUAACCAUUGUUGUGACUGUUGGUUUCGUACAAGAGUACAGGUCGGAGAAGUCCCUCGAGGCUCUGAACAAAUUGGUGCCGCAUAGUGCUCAUAUUCGCAGAGCUGUACAUGGUCCUCGAAGCCGACCGGUCCUGGAAGACCGCAAUGCCAUCGAGAUGGAGCCCUUGGUUGAUGGCUCGACCGAAAAGCUUUCAUCUACUGUCCCUGCUGCUCAGCUCGUUGUUGGCGACGUUGUCCUCUUCUCCACUGGCGAUCGUAUACCUGCUGAUAUCCGUAUAACUCACGCUGCAGAUCUAUCCAUCGACGAAUCCAACCUCACAGGCGAGAACGAGCCAGUGCUCAAGUAUUCCGAAGUCCUCCAUCGAGACCAUAUACAAAAGCAAUUGGACGAUAUAUCGAGGUCAAGCAGUCCUAUGCCGUAUGGCCCAGCUGCAGGCACAGUUGGUGCUGAUGUAAGACUGAAUGAGCAGCACAACAUCGCCUUCAUGGGUACCCUCGUUCGUUCUGGCUAUGGCGAAGGCAUCGUAAUCGCAACAGGUGGACAAACCGAGUUCGGUACCAUUUCUCUUUCUUUGCAAGAAAUUGAAGCUCCAAGGACUCCACUACAACAAUCUAUGGACAAAUUGGGUCAACAACUCAGCUACAUGUCAUUCGUUGUUAUUGGGCUCAUCAUGCUUGUCGGCCUCCUACAAGGCAAGAAACCACUCGACCUGUUCACUAUAGGCGUUUCUCUCGCUGUCGCUGCCAUUCCUGAAGGUCUGCCCAUCAUCGUGACUGUCACCCUCGCGCUUGGUGUGCUACGAAUGGCCAAAAGAGGCGCUAUAGUCAGAAAACUGCCAAGUGUGGAGACGCUGGGCUCGGUCAAUGUGGUGUGCAGCGACAAGACUGGUACACUUACCAUGAAUCACAUGACAGUCACCAGGCUUUGGUACUUUGACGCACCUGCCCCAACAAACAUCGAUAAGGAGGUGACCAACAUUCCUAACGCCGCCACUCGUGCGGUUCUGAGGAUCGGCAACAUUGCAAACAACGCGCGGUUGUCAAGUCCUAGCGCCGCUUCUCCUGCUACGGCGAGCUCUGCCGCCGUGCUCUCCUCUACUAGAGAUAGAGAUGCCCUCAUAACCAAGAGUCGCUGGGUCGGCCAGCCUACAGACGUGGCAGUCAUGGACCUGCUCGACUCCUUCAGCGAAGAUGACGUUCGCGAUAGCAUCGGGCCACGCUCUACUGAAACGCCCUUCAGCUCAGAAAGGAAAUGGAUGGGCGUCAUGAUUGCCAGUCCUCUUGGUGAAAUGACCAAUGGCCUUGGAAGUGGUAGCGAUAUGGCAUACAUCAAAGGCGCACUCGAGCAAGUGCUGCGAAAGUGUGACACCUACCUAAACAAAGAAGGCAGAGAAAUUAUUCUUGAUGAAGCACGCCGACAAGAAGCUAUCGCCGGAGCCAAGCAGAUGGCCGACCAAGGUCUACGUGUCAUCGCUUUCGCAAGUGGCUCUGUUAGAAGCAGGAAGCCACCUUCGAGUCGAACAUCCACUCCCAAAACUGGUGAGCAACGCAAGCCUCAGGAGCCAGACUAUUCUGGUUUGUGCUUCGCAGGCAUGGUCGGUAUGACUGAUCCGCCUCGCAAAGGUGUUGAUAAGUCUAUUCAAAGGCUACAACGUGGUGGAGUGAAGGUCAUCAUGAUCACUGGCGAUGCCGAAGCCACAGCAGUAGCUAUUGCAAAAGGGCUCGGUAUGAGUCUCAACCCUGCAGCCAGAGAGGUGCUUCGAGGAGACGAGCUUGACAAGAUGACCGACGAUCAGCUGGCUGAAGCUAUUAGUAGGACGAACAUAUUUGCCAGAACAAGUCCCGAGCACAAGAUGAAGAUCAUCAGAGCCCUACAAAAACGUGGUGAUGUUGUUGCCAUGACUGGUGAUGGCGUCAACGACGCCCCUGCUCUAAAGAAGGCCGACAUUGGUGUUGCAAUGGGCUUGCUAGGUACAGAUGUAGCGAAAGAAGCAGCCGACAUGAUAUUAACAGACGACGACUUUUCAACCAUUCUUACCGCAAUUGAGCAAGGCAAGGGAAUAUUCUAUAACAUCCAAAACUUCAUCACUUUUCAAUUGAGCACCAGUGUUGCAGCAUUGAGCUUGUUGUUGAUAAGUACAGCACUUGGCUUCAAGAAUCCGCUCAAUGCCAUGCAGAUAUUGUGGAUUAACAUUCUCAUGGAUGGACCUCCUGCACAAUCUUUGGGUGUAGAGCCAGUCGAUCCACGUGUUAUGACUGUGCCACCACGAGCACGCAACACGAAUGUUCUCACUAGACGCUUAUUGCAGAGAGUCUUCACUCAGGCUGCCUUCAUCAUGAUCGGAACCUUAUCAGUCUACAUCCACGAAAUGCUUGAUGUCGAUGACCCCACUACUCACACAAAGACCUUGACCGUCACUAAACGAGAUACAACAAUGACCUUUACAACUUUUGUACUUUUCGACAUGUUCAACGCGCUUACCUGCCGUUCGGAGGCCAAAUCGGUCCUGACCGGUGAGCUGCAAAUUUUUGGAAACAAAAUGUUCAAUUACGCAGUAGCAGGAAGCUUGAUAGGACAGGCUUGCGUCAUAUACCUUCCUUUCCUGCAGAGAGUAUUCCAGACCGAAGCGCUGCGUCUCUGGGAUAUACUGGGCUUAAUGUGUCUUGCUAGCUCGGUGUUGUGGGUGGACGAGUUACGCAAAUGGCUCUUGAGGAGGCAGGCUGCUGGUCGCCUGCCUGGUGUUGGGUACUCGGCUAGCGUCUAA